GCUAGCAUCACUAAAGACCGGACAGAGUCUAAGUUCAUAAAAAAAAGGCAGGAAAAGGAGAAAGAGAGAGAUGGCGAGUUCAUCGCUUCGGGUGUUCGUUCUACCGAGGAGGGAAGAAGGCAUAUCAGGCUGAGAGAUCAGAGAUGCAGCCUCCGGCGAAGGCUGGCCGGCUCACUCGGAGCCUGGUUGUGAACGGCGGCGUGUUCAUCUUCAUCGCCGCGAUUGUCGCCGGCGCUUUCGUCUCCGCCUACUGGAUAUCUGCCAGCGCCAGAGUUGCUUCGAUCAUUCCUGCCGGUUGGGGGCCCCUUCCUCCGCAGCAGCCACCUGCUCCGGCGCCGGAUGCCGCAGAACCAGCGACGACGGCGUGCCCGGCCUACUUCCGGUGGAUCCACGAAGACCUGCGGCCAUGGCGAGCCACGGGGAUCACGCGCGAGACGUUGGAAGGCGCCCGCCGGUACGGCGCCAAGUUCCGGGUGACGGUGCUCGCGGGGCGCCUCUACGUGGCGCGCUACGGCCGGUGCUUCCAGACGCGGGACGUGUUCACGCAAUGGGGCAUCCUGCAGCUGCUCCGGCGCUACGCUGGCCGCCUCCCCGACCUCGAUCUCAUGUUCAACUGCCAGGACCUGCCGGUCGUCAACGCCGGCGACCACGCGCCUCCGCCGCUGUUCCGGUACUGCGGCAGCGAGCCCACGCUGGACAUCGCCUUCCCUGACUGGUCCUUCUGGGGCUGGCCGGAGCUGAACAUAAAGCCAUGGGAAGCGUUGAGAAGGGAGAUUAGUGAGGCGAAUGCGGCGUUGGACUGGACGCGCAGGACGCCGUACGCGUACUGGAAGGGGAACCCGACGGUGGGCGCGGCGCGCCGGGAGCUCCUCAAGUGCAACGUCUCCCGCGAGCGUGACUGGAACGCCCGGAUCUACGCGCAGGCACGCCACAACUAUGCCGCACGUAGUUCAGUGUCAGUAAUGCUCAUCAGCGCACGCUCUGCAUUUUUUCAGGACUGGAGGACGGAGGUACGAGACGGGUUCAGGGCAUCGGACUUGGCCAAGCAGUGCACGCACAGGUACAAGAUGUACGUGGAAGGGCGCGGGUGGUCGGUGAGCGAGAAGUACAUCCUGGCGUGCGACUCCGUGGCGCUCGUGGUGCGGCCGAGGUUCCACGACUUCUUCUCCAGGGGGCUCGUGCCGCUGCGGCACUACUGGCCCGUGCGCGGCCAGUGCCGGUCCAUCAAGUUCGCCGUGGACUGGGGCAACUCGCACCCAGGCAAGGCGCGGGUAAUAGGAGGAAAUGCGAGCCGGUUCGUGCAGGAGGAGCUGACGAUGGAUAAUGUGUACGACUACAUGUUCCACCUUCUGAGCGAGUACGCUAGGCUGCUGCGGUACAAGCCCACGGUGCCGGGCGGGGCCGUGGAGGUCACCGUGCAGUCCAUGGCGCGCGGAAGGCGAGGGCUGGAGCGGGAGUUCAUGGCGGGCACGGCGGUGAACGUCUCGGGCAGCGCGGAACCGUGCGAGCUGCCGUCGCCGUUCGGGUCCGAGGAGCUGGAGUCGCUGCGGAGGAGGAAAGCCGAUGCGGCGAGGCAGGUGGAGACGUGGGAGGAGCGGUGACCGACGACUGACGAACGAAGGAGAGAAGAGUCAAAGGAUGGCGUACGUACGUGUUCUGAGUUUCUGACGUGCGCAUUGGAUCGACCAUUAUGCAGUAGGAGUGGUGGUGGCAGGGAAGCACGAUGAAAACGGUAAAAGGGAAUUGGAGAGCACGCAGUACGCUAGCGAUGUUCCGUGGCGUUAGUGCUGUGCGGCAGGAGUAAUGCUAGACUUAGGUAAGAUUACGUAAAUGUUUACGUAAAAAGGAACGUGGUGAGGCGGGAUUGGAUGGAUAGGGGCAGCAGGGGCCCAUCCUGUUAAAAUCCUACAUCCACCUAACACACUACGAAGACUUACGAAAGCUUCCUAACUAAAACUCUCUGCCCCCCUGAUUUUAACGGGGUGGGUCCUUGCUGCUCUUAUUUGUCUAGGAUAUAUCUAGAUGUGCUAUAGUUAUUGCACAUCUAAGUGACACAAUCAAGUAUGAAAAGAAAAAAAAUUCUUUCACACGAAUCUCCGCGUAAGAUCAAUAACAUAGGAUUUAGAUGUGGAAUACUUAUAGCACAUCUAGAUGUGCUUUAGCAAAACUCCAUCCAAUCCCACCUCACCACGUUCCUUUUUACAUAAAACAUUUACGUAACCUUACCUAAGUCUAGCAUUACUCGUGCGGCAGUACCAAAGUGCGUCCUGAAAGAUACCGUUCGGUUGUUGGUAUGCUUCACCGGUCAGUCAUGGAAGUGAUGGAGCGGUUGAUCCAUGGUAUCCGUACUCGUGACUCAAUUUGGAUUUCUUUUUUACCUCACUUAUACUCUCUC